AUGAGCGGCAUCGUGGACAGGCUUCGCAAGCUGAGCGGGCGGGCCACCGAGAGCGAGACCCCCAAGAGUGAAGUCUCCAGCCCCAAGACCAACCCGUGGAGGGGCGUGUUCGACCCAGCCUCCAACCCCAACACAAAGAACGCAGGCCGCAACUACUACGACACUCCCGAACCUGUAAACCCCAAGACCACCUGGGACUACCACCUGGAUGCUCAGAAGGCGGACAUGCCCGACAUGACCACAGCGUCGUUAAAGGCCAUGGGCGCCAAGAGCGCGAGCGACGAGCUGGAUGCUGAUGCGCUGCGCAAGAUGUUUUCGGCGGACCGCAAUGGGAAGAUCUCGUUCUCCGAGUUCUGCUCGCUGAUCCGCAGCCAGGAGUGCCCAUGA